UGUUGGACAGGAAACGUCCGCAUCUUUUGUUAUUUACGUUACUUUACUAAAUUCUGAAGGCUCCCUUGUUUGUGCAUAUAAUUCCUCGUAAAAUCCAGUCUUUUUUAUUGUUCUAUUGACACAAAUUUAUGUACGUUUUGGAAGGAAUUUAAGCGACUUGUUCCUCAGUGCUUACGAAAGACCGAAUAUGUCCACAAGUGGGGUUCAAGGAUCCUCAAAGUAUAUGGAAAAACUCAGGGAACUUCAUCUAAAAGUAAAUGAAGCUCGAAAAUCUAAUCAUAUUGAAGUUGUUGAAGAGGAUAAACGAUCUAAACUCCCGUCAAACUGGGAGGUACGACAAAAACGAUUACAAUGGGAAGAAGAAGAUGAACUAUUUAAAAUGAAAUGUAGUCAAGAAAAAAUAGAUCCUGAUCGAAUGCGUGCAUUAAAUGUUAGCGCUGAAAUAGCUGAUCGCCUUGAAGUAAGACGAAGAAAAAAAUGUAACACAGAUGAAGGAUUUUCAACAUAUGCUGAUGCAUCACAUCGUAAAUAUCUUAAAAUGACUAAACAGAUUAAACCAGAUUUGGUUGCUUAUCAAAAGGAGAAAGAAAAACUAGGAGAUUUAGCUUUUCCAACUGCUGAUACGAUAGGGUUAACAGAUCGCCAAGACCCACCUGAAGCUGUUGAGCGUCUAGCUAAGCAAAUAAUUGAACAAGGUGUCAAACGUAAGGCUUACAGUCGGAGACGUCCAUUCGAUGCCGAUGCUGAUAUUGACUAUAUUAAUGAGCGUAACAAACGGUACAAUGAGUUACUUGACAGACAUUAUGGCAAAUAUACCGCUGAAAUCAAACAAAAUCUUGAAAGAGGCACUGCAAUAUAAUUUAUUUAGAAAAUACUGUACAUGUAAAGUUCCUGUAUUUUUCAAAAAUGUAUCUCGCAAUACAUAUUCAUUUUUCC